CUAGGGAACUCACUGGUGAAAUGUGGUCAAACACAACAGCGUCUUGGCCAGGCUGAGAAGGAUUUUGUGUCCACUUCUGCCAACAACUUCCUAACACCACUGAAGAACUUCCUAGAGGGAGACAUGAAAACUAUUCAGAAAGAACGCAAGUUACUGGAAACCAAAAGAUUGGACCUGGAUGCCGCCAAGAGUCGUGUUAGGAAAGCAAGGUCCCAAGCUGCUCAACAGCAGGAUGCAGAGGAUAUGUUGGUCAAACCUGGUUUGAUAGAGUCAUGCUUUCCACCUGUCCCUCCUCUCCGCAAAUCUCCAGAGCGAGAAGAGCUUGACCACAGGAUCAGUGUGGAACAGGCAGAGACAGAUCUUCGCAACGCUCAGUCUGAGUUUGACCGACAGUCUGAAAUCACCAAGCUGCUCCUAGAAGGGAUUAGUAGCACACAUGCACAUCAUCUCAGAUGUUUGAAUGACUUCAUAGAAGCUCAGACUACGUACUAUGCACAGUGUCAACAGUAUAUGCAGGAUCUGCAGAGGCAGCUUGGGAGUUACUCCACAAGCCCCAACAAUCCCCAAGGUGGUUUACCGACAGACAUUCGCCCUCCUGCAUAUGAAAGCUUUCCACAGCCAUCAGCGCCACCUGCUGGUAAUGGAGCACCCUCUGGUGCCAGGAAAGCCAAAGCCCUGUAUGAUUACGAUGCUGCUGGAAGCAAGGAGUUGUCUCUCUUAGCAGAUGAGGUGAUCACAGUGUAUAGUGUGCCAGGAAUGGAUCCAGACUGGAUGAUGGGAGAGAGGGGCUCUCAGAGGGGGAUGGUGCCUGUCACAUAUCUAGAAUUUGUGGACUGAAAUGGGAACUAUAUGGACAUUAAUCUAUAUAUAUAUUAUGUGUACAAUUAUACAAGGGUUUUCAUUAUUGUACUGGCAUCUAUAUACAUAAUUAUGUGGAUCUAUUGAUGAUGAUUAGUAUAAGCAUCAUCAUUAUUGUUGCCGUUUUGGUAUGUGGAGAAGAGCUUUAUGUCUUUAUGCAAAGUGUAAAUGGGGGAAAAGAGUUUACCUUAA